UUGUCUGUUUUGGACAACAAACAAAGAUUAGGAUUGUUCGUGCUCAUCUUUUUUUCUACAAUGUCACUCGCACCUCGGUCAAUGAGGAUCCCACCAACUAGGAAAGUGCUUUGGUGCAAUAAUGAACAAAAACAUACAUAAGUUAAUGGUGGGACUUUAAUGAGUUAAUUACGAUAAAUUAAUUACAACAAAAAAUUAAUUGAUUUUAAUUUAAUGGAACAGUUUGCUCUCCAGACAGCAGGGAAUCUUUGUCAGUGCAGGAGUUCCUGCUCCACUGAUCCCACUGAUGCACAAGACACGUGGCAGCUAGGAUGAGAACAACAACAACAAACAUGGAGAAAUCAUCCCUGAACAAAAGCAAACAAAAGCAUCUGUUUGCUUUGGUUCAGGGAGGUUUUUCACUACACAAUGUCCAGGGUUUCCUCUACUCUGAAUGGACUUGACAUUCUGAUACAAAUAUUUUCAAGACAUUAAAAGAGCUUUAGUUUAAAUAAGGUGAUAUAAAAACUUGAAUGUAGCCAGCAUGGUGGUUUAUUGUGCUGUUGUCAAACAGAAUGUUGAAUGUAUGUAUGGCUCCAUCAUUUGAUUCAGCAAUGUACGAAAUUCAUUCAUUCAAGUUGAAAAAUGUAGCAAAUAUUCUUAUACCAUUAAACUGCUAUUAAUUGAGAUUAAUUAAUCACAAAUUCUCUAAUUAAUAAGAUUAUUUUUUUACUCUAAUCCCACCCCUAAUAUAAAUAUAAAACCAAAUUUUAAAAAAGAGCUUUGGCUUCAAACCGGUGCAGGAGGCGAACAUGAAAGUGCUGAUGGUAUUUAUACUGUGUCAUCAUAGUAACAGCAGGUAACAUCAAAGUGAGCUUCCACAAUAAAGGUGCCCACCCUGACGGUGCGCUGCCCACGGCUACUCUGACUCGAUUCUGUAAAUAGAAUUUGUUUAAUCGUCCGUACUGUUGCUUUACGUAAUUAUGCUCUGAUUCCCAAAAGCUCCGGAUCGAAGCGCACAGCCAUCAUGAACUCUCCGACGGAGAUGGAGUCUUUGAAAGCCGAACUGCAACACAACUACAAGCUCAUGCAUGUCCUGGGACACGGGAGUUUCGGGAUCGUCAUCAAAGGCCUGAAGAAGGGGAGCAGUGAGAUGGUGGCUUUGAAGAUCCUGAACCGAAGCGUCACCAAGAAAUCCAAGAAAAUCGAGAACAUCAAGGAGGUUCGAAUCCUGGAGACGCUCAGGUCCCUGGACGCAGACAAGUCCAACAUCGUGAAAUUCUACGAGUGCUUCAGCAUGUUCGACCGCGUCUUCAUGGUCUUCGAGAUUCUGGACAUCAGCCUGUUCCAGUUCAUGCACCGGAGACACUGGCUGCCUCUGCCGUUGGAGGGGAUCAGGAUCAUCAUGGCUGACAUCGCCACGGCUCUAGUCGCUCUGACCAGUGUGGGAGUCAUCCACACCGACCUGAAGCUGGACAACGUCAUGCUGGUGGAUCAGAGGAGGACGCCGUACAGAGUGAAGAUCAUUGACUUUGGGAUUUCCUUGCUGAAAUACGAAGUCUCUCCAGGACUGAUCGUUCAGCCGCCGGGUCUCAGAUCCCCCGAGGUCAUUUUAGGGCUCCCCUUUUCUGAGGCUAUAGACAUCUGGUCUGCCGGCAUGAUCCUGGGCCACAUGCUCUCUGGGUACUCCCUUUGCCCGGUCAAACACGAGUAUGAGUCGCUGCUUUACAUCAUCGAGCUCCUGGGCGAACCACCAAAGGAAAUGCUGGACAAAGGGAUUUACACACAACUCUUCUUCAAUAAAAAGCGAACCUUUCCUUUCCUGAAAAUCAUUUGGACGUUUAAGCAUCCCAGUGAGAUGCUGGCAAAACUGGGCGAGGUCAACGCCCACAAGUUCACCUCCAUGGAUGACAUCCUGACGUUUCGGAUGCAGCACGAGAUCAAUCCAGCUGGCGUCAAGUGCUGCAUGGACCUGUUGAGGGAGAUGCUGCAGAUUAAUCCCAAAAGAAGGAUUUCUGCUUCGGAGGUUUUGCACCAUCCUUUCAUCACACAGCCGAACCUCAGCAAAACACCCAGCAGCAUUCCACCUGUUCAAGACGCAUCCAGCUACAACCAGUCUGGAAAAAGUAAAAGACUCUCUGAGAGUUCCUCAAAGGUCACGUCAGGUCGAUUCACUUGCGCACUGAUGGAGUCGGCUCCUGAAGAUGAAGCUGCCGGACUGUUGAAGAAGAACCUACGCAAACGCCGCAGGUUGCGUAGCUUCACACAGCCGUCCCUGUUGAGGUCAGAGGCGGAGGACGCGGGCGUGCCGGCGCUGCAGAGCAAGAAGAGGCAGUACAAGUGGUGGAACCGCUGUCUGAAAAAUUCACAGGCUCCACUGAGGCAGUCCACCAUCAGCACCAGGUCUCAGGACACCACGGACUCCACACUCAACACGGAUGCAAGCUCGUACGAGUUCACCUUCACCUCGCUCUCUGGCGCCCCCUCGGCCCCGGACCCAAACACUGGCUCCAGCAAAGCGCGAUUUCAUGAGUUUAAGAGGCAUAAGAAGAAGACCUGGAUGAGCAGACGCUGUUUGUACAUCAGACUCAAGUCGUGGUGCAGCGGCUGCAUUCCGGAAUGUCAGAGAGUGGAAUGACCGUCCAAGGUUUGGAGCUUUUUCAGUGGGAACAGAAGGGGCUGGCCCGAAGGUUCGGCGCGCUGGGGUGAUGUCACAUCCUGCCGCCCUUUCUGGAGGUCAAAGGUCAUGUACAGAAGUUCACCGCAGAGUGGACUCAUCUGUAGAGCCGAGAGGUGACGUCGAUCAGGAGACUGAAGUGGCUCGACAAACGCUGGUGCUGCUCCGUCGUGAAAGGGACCUGACACAGACUUUCUUGGACACGAUGUGUCCGGCCGUCCAUCAAAGAAGAAUCGAGAUUUUGCUUUUUAAAUCGCCGCCCUGAGCUGAACUGUGUAUCAUAGUGACCACAUUAAAGUGGCGAACGUUACGUUGUGGUGGUGCCUGGUUCAUCAGGGCGAGAGGAGAGAAGACAAGAACAUGAGGAGACACAGAGCGACACAAGGACGAGGACUUUCAUUUUCAAACUGUUCUGUUCUCAAUAUUAGUGAUCGAUUCACUUUUGUGAAGGACAUUGAUGUGGCUGCAUGUGUUCCAUUUGAAUGACCUGAGGGUCGCUGGUUCAAUUCCAGGUCGAGAUGUGACCGUUGCGAGUUGUUCUCCGUGGUGUGAAUGUUGUAACAAUCAAAAUGUGACAACUUCUCUGUUUUUGGUGGUGGACACUAGUGGGCACAGGUUCUGUUUUGUGUCAGUGGAGACCUGUCGACACUUGAGGUCAGACGUUUUCUUUUUGUUGAAACUGCCUCAGUUCAUGUGAACUAACUUUGGGAGAGUGUGCUCCGUGUGAGGAGGAUUUUCUUUAGUAAACAGCGCUCCUUUUUCAAUUGACGCCGUUUCUUUUUAGUUUCCCCACGACCCCAAAGCAACGUUACUAUGUGAUGUGUUUUCAGAAUGUUUGAAAAUGAAUGUUUGAAAUGGAAAUCAAAAUUGCGUCUGUUGCCUUCGCCAAGGAAGUUAUGUUUUGAUUUGUCUGUGUUCAAAAUAUGUUAUGAAAUGUUUUUGUAUGAUUUGUUUGAAAACUACAGGAAAUUGGACAAGAAACAAAUGGUUCCAUUUUAGCUGUCGAUAUUUGUGCCAGACUUUAUUUUGAAUGGUCAUUUUGGA